AUGAGGAGGGUUUCUACCAACGCUAUCUACAGCGAGGUCGAAAUCAAGGUUGGAACUAUCAGAAGUGAGAAGAGCAAAGGAGAUACUAUCAAGAUUGGGUUGAGCAAGGUUAUUAUUGGAGAAGGGGAGAUGAUCAUUAUGAGAACCAUACUCACUCGAGAUGACUUUUCAUCAUUAAACAGUAAAGUGAACUCUCAUGUCGACGCCAUCAAGAUACUUGAAGGUCAGUUGAGUUUACUGUCCGCACAAUUGAAACCAAAGUUCGCAAUGGAAAAUAACAAUAAAGAGCUGGCAGUGGUUACUUGUAGCGGAAAAGUAGCAAUAGGUGAUGUGACGGGAAAUGAAGAAGCUCAAAAGCAUGGAGAUGAUAAAGGCAUGGAGGAACAAGAGAUAUUUAUCCAUCAAAGCAUUGCCAAAGAACCACAAAGAGAAGUGGAACAACACAUCCUAAUCCCAAAAGUCAUGCAACCUUUACCCAAAAUACCUCCCCCAUUUUGCCAACGCCUAAAGAAGAAGAAUAAUGAUGAGAAGCUCAAGAAGUUCUUAUCAGUGUUUAUGACAUUAUCAAUUAAUAUUCCCCUUUUGGAGGCAUUGUGGGAAAUAUCGGGAUACGCCAAGUUCAUGAAAGAAUUAGUCAAAAAGAAAAGAAGCUUGGAUUUUGAGGCAAUUGAAGUUUCCCACACUUGUAGUUCAAUUAUAACUAAGGAGCUGAUAAAAAAGAGAGAAGUUCCUGGGGCAAUCACCAUUCCUUGCACCAUUGGCAUGCUCAAAUUUGCUAAAGCAUUAUGCGAUUUGGGAGCAAGCAUCAACUUAAUGCCCUAUGCGAUCUACAAACAACUAGGGUUGGGUGAACCGAAAGCAACCACAAUGAGACUAUUGUUGGAAGACCGUUCAAUCAAACAUCCCGUGGGGAUACUUUAUGACAUGUUGGUGAAGGUCAAUCGGUUCAUUUUCCCGAUUGAUUUGUUCAUUCCAGAUUGUGAAAUAGAUGAUGAAAUUCCCAUUAUUCUGGGAAGACCAUUCCUAGCAACCGAAAGAGCAUCGGUUGAUGUUGAAAGCAGAGAAUUGAAAUUUCAGGUGAUGAAGAUGAAGUAA